GGGGGCGUCCACGGCACCCCCGCCUGUUUGGCCUGCCGGAGACGCCGCAAGCGCUGCUUCCGCGACGCCAUGUGCUGCCCGGGCAAUUACUGCUAUAACGGAAUGUGUGUACCUCUGGAACAUGAUCAUUUUUAUCUUGGAGAGAUUGAAGAGAACAUUAUGGAGAAUUUUGAUCAUGGUGCCACAGACUUCCACCCUAAAAGGACAACAUCUUCCUCUCGGCUGCACCAUUUGAAAGGGCAAGAAGGUGCUGUGUGCCUCCGCUCCUCAGACUGCGCUGAAGGGCUGUGCUGUGCCCGUCACUUCUGGUCAAAGAUCUGCAAACCUGUCCUCAAGGAAGGCCAGGUGUGCACGAAACACCGCAAGAAAGGUGCUCACGGCUUAGAGAUCUUCCAGCGAUGUAACUGUGGGGAUGGAUUGACUUGUCGCCUUCAGAAAGAUCACACAAACAACAACUCAUCCAGGUUACAUACCUGCCAGAGACAUUAGCUGCUGAAGCCUUUUGCAAAACCUGAUGAACUUGAGAGACUGUAAUGAGGUGUGGGACAUUUUAUAUGCAAAUUCACCUCCAAGGACUAACCCAUUGCAGAGUUUACACCAAAGUACUCCAGCAACCUCCCGUCUCUGUAACUGGAGUAUGAGGCAUGUUUCUUUAGGGAACUAUUUUUUUUCAAAUGACUAAUUGCAGUAAAUUACUGUGUCUGUAAAUUCUCGGGUGUGGCACUUAAUUGUACACGAUACAGGAUUUUAAUUUUUCCUGGAGUGCUGCAUGAUCUUAGUCUAUUGUGACAUGUUGUACACACUGGUUUUAUUACCUUUUUGAAAUCAAAAUAAAAUUCCUUUUU